AUGGAUAAAUAUGUCUUUUAUGAAGUAAUAGGAAAAGGAUCUUAUGCUGAAAUUUAUAGAGCGCUUAAUAAAGAAAAUAAUAUGAUAGUUGCGAUCAAAGUGAUUGAAGUGCAGGAAAACGAAAAAGUAGAUGAUUUUGUUAAAAAGGAAAUAGAUUUAGUUAAAGAGUGCAACCAUCCAAACAUUACUUAAGUUUAUGAGCAUUUUUUUGUGGACAAUAAAAUAUAUAUAAUCAUGGAGUAUUGUGGCGGAGGAUCUUUAGCUUAAUUAAUAAAAAAGAAAGGAUAAUUUUAAGAACCCUAUAUAACUAUUAUUUUAAAAGAAAUACUACAAGCAUUAAGUUAUUUACAUAGCAAUUAAAUGGUUCAUAGAGAUAUUAAAUCAGCAAAUAUAUUGAUUCAAAAAGAUGGAAAAGUUAAACUUUGUGAUUUUGGAGUAUCAUCUAAAAUAACAAACAACAGUUAAAAACUAUAAACAUUUGUUGGAACUCCUUACUAUAUGGCUCCUGAGGUUAUUUAAAAAUCAGAAUAUGACUUCAAAGCAGAUAUAUGGUCUGUAGGGAUAACUGCAAUAGAAAUGGCAACAGGCCACCCUCCAUAUUAUGAUAAGAAACCUGAAAUUGCUAUGAGUAGAAUAGUUUCUGAAGAGCCACCUUCACUUUCAAAAGAGACCUCUUCUACAAUGCUGAUAAAUUUUGUAAAUUGCUGUUUGAAAUACAAUCCAGAAUAAAGAUAAUCUGCAAAAUAAUUAUUAAGUCACAGUUUUAUUAAGUUAGCCAAAAAGCCUUCUUAUUUAAUUGAUCUUUUUGACAUUGAUUUAAAAAGAGGAAAUUUUUUGUUUAAGCCUGGAGCUCCAAACUAAUAGAUAAGAGCAAAUUCAAUGGUUACUGGAUCUGCUAUUUUAAUUCCAAACAAUAAACCUCAAGGAGGAAAAACUGCAGACUCUGAAUUAUUAAUAUAAAGUACUAUGAAGCAAAUAACUAUGGAGUAACGUUUAGAAGAAUAAAAAGAUUUAAAAGAGUUCUCUAACUACUUAAAUAGUGGUAACAAUCCAAUAGAUGAUAAAUGUAAAAAUAUGGAUUAAAUUGUAAUUGAUAUAUACAGAGGAGAUAAACAUAAACAAGAUAAAGAGAAAAAAAAAUAAGUUUAAAGUAAUAAGCAAAGCAACUAACCUACACAAUCAACAUUUUUUAACAAGGGAUCAAAUUAGAAUAUCACUUAAUAGCACUCCGAUUCUGAUAAUAUAAUGAAUUAUUUGCAAACUGAUAGUGAUUCUUCUUAAGAAUAAAGUUGCAACACAGAUCAUCCAAGCAAUCAUUAUAUAUAAAAAAUGAAUAAAUGUACAAACGAACAAGAAAAAAGAAAAAUUCUUGAAGGAAUGAGCAAAAAUAAUAUAUAUUUUAAAGGAGCAUUAGAUAAAGUGUUUGAAUAAUAUAUAAGUUAUUCAAAAAACUCUCAAAACCAUGAAUAUUUAACUUUAGCCCUUUAAUAAUUACACUGUGCUUUCGAUGAAAUGGAAAGAGAGGAAAAUGGAAGCUCUAAAAAAAUAUUGUCUGAAGUUUAUAAAAACCUUUGUACUGGAAGCAAUACACCAAACAAUAGGGGAUAAAAUAAUAAUAAUCAUAUAGCCACUUCAGUUAACAGUAAUAACAACUUAAGCCAUUCUCAUAUUCAUAAUCAUAAUACACAUAGUAGUAAUUAGGAUAGCUAUGGAAACUAACAUUUAGUUUAAUAUCCUUAUAAAAAUAGUAAUUGA